UAUUAUCAGUAUAUUAUUAUAUGGACUGUAUUAUACUUAUUAUUGGAAUUGUGGACUAUAAUAUACAUUUAUUGUUGGAGAGGAACUCAAGGAGGAGUUAGAGAGUUAUCAAAGUACGACGACCGGUACUGGCGUAUAGUCCUACAGUCCUGGAAUUGGAUAAAUAAUCGUCCAGCUUUUACUCGGGAACUGCGUGAAUAUGCCCACAACAAGAGGCCCAGGCAAGAGAAAGACGAAAUCGCCGACACAAGCUACGGCGUCAACUUCGUCAACUCAAUCUACCCAGUCAAGCCAACCGCCUAAAAAACGAUCCAAACAACAAACAAACAAUAAAAACAAGGACGAUGGGUCUUUGAUAGAAGCAGUUACGGAAGCUGUAAUGAGCAAGUUAUCUCCAAAACUUGACGAACUAUUCCAAAAAUCUGCUUCCAGUGCAAAAAAUGACGAGUCGAGCAGUGACGACAGCAGUGAUGAAGAUGAAAUUUUCGAGUCGGGCAGCGGACGCUCUGAGAUUGCAUCAGCAAUCUCACAAUUAGUUACCCAAGAUGGACCGCGUAAGAAAACUCGCACCUUGGCUGAACCAAGAACCAGAGAAAGUAACUAUAGAUCUCAACUUAGAGAUAGGAUAGAUGUGCUGAUGAAUAAAUCGUUGGCCCCUUCCACAAAAACAACUUAUAUUCGUGCAUGGAAAAAGUACAUUGAUUUUCAUAAACGGGUGACAGCUAAGACACGGUCAAAAGUUUUUCCUGUGACUUCAACAAGGCUCAGCUCAUUCAUAGCUCAUUUGUCUUUGGAAAAUUAUGCAAGCGCUACUAUCACAACAAUGGUUUCGGCUAUUUCGUACUAUCACAAAAUGUGCAACAAAACUGAUCCGGCUGAUUCCUUUUUAAUAAGGAAAAUUCUGAAGGGGUUGUUGAAAGCGUCGCCGUCACUUGACUCAAGACUUCCAAUCAGCGAAAAAAUAUUAGCAAAAUUGAUAGGGGUUUUACCCUUAUUGUUUACGUCUAAAUAUGAAAUAACAUUAAUGACGGCCAUGUUUUCGCUAGCAUAUCAUGCUUUCCUUAGGCUUUCGGAAUUUACCACAGGCGGAUUGGCGUCACACGCUUUAGAAUUUAACAUGGUAAAAAUCAUGAAAAAAUCUAUAAUUGUCGCCUUUAAAGAUUACAAACACAACGUUUCGACCACGCCUUUUAGAUUGCACAUUAAACGUUCUCUAUUGUCAAAAAUAUGCGCUGUGAGACUAAUGAAAGAGUAUGUCGAAUUUCGCAAAAGAGUCCUUACUGACAAUAAUCAACUAUUCAUACUAAAUGACGGCUCACCCGUGACUAGGCAAUAUUUUUGCAAACAUUUAGAAGUGGCGGUGUGCGCCAAUAAUCUUGAAAAGUCUAAAUAUACAUCUCAUAGUUUCCGUAUUGGUAGCAGUACAGAUCUUAUCACCAAAUAUAAAUUCUCCGAAGAACAAGUAGCGAAAAUGGGGCGCUGGAAAAUCAAAGCUGUAAAGCGAUACAUUCGGGUAAAUGCAAUGUAAUCUUUGUGAAUUAAUGAGGUAUAAUAUAAACAUUACAAAGCUGCAAAGAGUUAAAACACUCUAUGACUAAUGAGGAUAAAACUUUUAGUUUUCCUCCAACUCUCUUAUUUCAUAGAUUACUAUCAAUUGUUAAUGUUUUUGCCAAGGAUUAGAAUUUUUAAUUCAUCCUCUCAGCAAAUACAUUUAAUUAACUUUCUAACCAUUUCUUAACAGAAUCGGUAAUUGAGUACACGAUCAAUUUCAAAAUAUUGACUUUCCAGAAUAAUUUUGUCAGGGACUCGUGCGAGGGAGUUAAGUGUUUCACUUCUCACUGGCGCGGGUACCUGGGAAAACCUUUUCCUAUAAUCGACCGCUGUCUAUCGGCCACAGUGAUUAUCCAUUGUUCUAUUCAUUGAACUAUUUAAAAGGCUACCGAGGAGACUCAUUGCAUAUGGUAACAAUAGACUAGAUUAACAGGAUUAAAUUGAAGUAGUUUAUAGGAACAUUCGUUCGUAGUUAGUGACAUAUUAUAUAUUCUGAUCUAUAUUAAUCGUUAUAUGAUUAUGUGAACGGUCGUUAAGCCUUUGAAGUUUGAACAUUUAAGAUGCGAUGUUGUCAUGUUUAUCUUUUAGAUACGUGCCAACGUGCCAUCUUUUUUCAUUCUCAUAUUUUUAUUAUAUGUGUAACGUACAUCGGCCCACAAACCACUUUCCUUUCCCUUGAUCUGGUUGGGUGACAAGCUCGCUUUCAUUGAUCAAUGCGAUCUUUGUGGCCAGAUAUGGACUACCC